GUGCGGGUCGAGGCUUCUCCUGCUCAAGUCUGGCGCGUGUGGUCGGAUCUGGAGCAGAUGCCCAAGUGGCAGGCGUGGAUACAUUCAGUGCACGUGCAGCCAGACGGGAGCUCUAAGUGGACCCUCAAGAAGUCUGUGCUGGGCGUGCCUCUCUCCUUCUCCUGGACAGCACAGGAGCUGCCGCGUGAAGAGGGGAGGCUGAUCCAGUGGGAGGCGACAUCGGGCGUGAAGAACAGAGGGAGGGUGGAGUUCGAGGAGGAGGAGGAGGGAGGGAGGGAGGGGGUGAGGGUAACGAUGACGAUCGAGUACUCGCUGCCUUCUGUGAUUGUCUUCCUUUUCCGGUCGACCUGA